AGGUUGGAGAAUGAUUGACAGGAGACGUGGCGAUCAGGUCGGGAUAUAAGAUGGCGGAAAGUUAGAGUGCACGAGAUGGGAUAGAUACGAGGCGGAGGAUGAUCUGAUGCUUUACCAGCACAAGGUCAUGACUCUUACAUACAGGAAAAGCGUUGAUUCAUAGCGAUGUAUAAAAUCUUGUCACAGUACGAGUCAAGUAGACGUCUGUCAACGCCAGUCAAUUUCCACAUCACUCCAAUUCAUCGUCGAAGACGCAUGACAGGAAGAGUAGAUAUACUCCAACGCUUCUCGCUCCUUUCAACUUCCUUCACACACACACACACACACACACACACACAAUUCCCCUCAAGACUUCCACUACAUGCAAAAUACCACGCUCUUCACUAUCAACAUCUAUCAAAAAACCUACGCAGACGACCAGAUACUCAUAGCGCAUACUUCCAUAUCCCCGACUCUGAAUCUCGACGAUGGUUUUCUACGCCGAGUACUUCAUGCUCUUGGGCCUCGCCCUGGUAUUAGUGCCACACGGUCAACAAAGCCCCUUCUCAGUCGCAGGCGUAGUCAAGAAGAGCGAGGCACCGCUUCUGGGCUUGACAUCGGCGGCUGAUGGUAGCAUGUCUAUGAAUUCGGUCUUGGAGUUCAUGUCGUCCAUGGGCGUGCCUGCGGCAUCUUCUGCAGGCUCUACAUCUCCGGCCAUGGCUUCUGGUGCUGGUACCGGCGAUGGCGCUGGCGGUGCGAGUGGAACAGCAUCGGGUGUGUCACCAGCAUCUCCCACGGAGUCAGUUGGCUUGGUGGAGGAAGAAGGACCGAAGUACGGUAAUGUCAUUAUCAACAACCACUGCGAACAAGAGUUUGAUCUAAACUCGGUCGCUGCGUAUACCCUAGGUGGUGACAGGUCCGAGGAAAAAGGGGGCAACGGAACAUGGGAUUUCUACCAAGACCACGUCAAGCACACUGUUCUAGUUGGCGGAAGCUACAAAGAGCCUUUCCGCGUCACCUGCCCAAACUACGACGAUAUAGUAUCGCCCAAUAUAUUAUUUCGGAAGGACCUAUACGAACGAGCCAAGCAUGGUUUGUCAAGGGGAGUUCAGAGGAGAUAUGGUGCUGGAUCUUUGUGCAGGAAAUGGCGGUACUGCAGUCAGUACCGCUGCUAGCACUGGUGCAGGAAAUGGUUAGACACGUUCCUAUGGUCUGUGCUGAAAGGUUGGAUUUGAAAAUGGUGCGGAAGUUGAUGGUAUUUGA